AUGGGUCGCUAUCUGGCAACCACAGUUGGAAUUCUCGUCAUCAGCUUUGUUGCCUAUAAUUGUCUCAAACUAAAGCGCUUGGUGCACUCUGCAAAGUCGACCGGUUUGCCAUAUGUCAUUGUUCCCUUCCUUGAGACCGAGGUGCUCUCACAAUUAGUCACACCCCUCCUUCGGAACUACUACCUCACACACCUCGAAAAAGGAGAAGGAUGGCCGAGAUGGUGUCGUUUUAUGAUAAAGGAUUGGACCUGGGAAGACAAGCGCCGCGCUUUUCAAGACCACGGGGAUGUCUUCCUGGCAGUAUCACCGCAAGGAAUCAUUUGUUACUGUGCCGAUGCCAAUAUGGCAUUCGACGUCAUGAACAGGCGGUACGAUUUUAUCAAGCCGAGAGACAAGUACCAGAUGCUGGAGCCAUACGGCCCAAAUGUAGUGACCGCGGAAGGCGGCACGUAUCGCUUCCACGUGCGCAUGGUAGCCCCAUCAUUCGGUGACAUCACCGGGGUCAAUGACCUUGUUUGGCAGGAGACAUUGAGACAGACCGGGCUGCUCAUGGACCGAUGGACCAACGUGACGCCCAAGGAGUUAGAUACGGAUAUCAAUGCUUUGACCCUUGCUAUCAUUUCGCUAGCUGGCUUUGGACAGAUGCUUGAGUCUGUCGAGGAGCAGAAGCAGGAUAUUCCCCCCGGGUACAAGAUCAGCUUCUUGGCUGCACUUCGAAGUACUACGCAAAACAUUCUGUUUCUCUUGCUAUUUCCGGGUUGGCUUCUGGAUCUAACACCGUACGCCGAAGCCAACCUCGCUAAGCAACAACUUGAAAAGUAUCUCCGGACGCUGAUCAAGCGAGAGAGAGCCAAGGAAGUGAAUGAGAAGGCGGAGCUCCUUUCCCGGACCAACCUACUACACACGGUCGUCAAUGCAGUUGAUACCGAAGGUGGUGAUACCGAAACUGCCGGAGUCGUCAAGAAGAAGACAAGGUUCAACGAGGAUGAGGUCAUGGGUAACCUGUUCAUUUACAUGCUUGCAGGUUACGAGACAACAGCAAACAGCAUACAAUACGGGAUACUAGUGCUAGCCGCCCACCAAAACGUCCAAACCAAAUGUAUCGAAGAGAUUGAUCGAGUGUACGAAGAGGUAGCCCUGGCGGGCCGUCAUGAGCUUAGUUACAAUGAAGAUUUUGCCAAAUUGGAAUACAUCUUUGGUUUCAUGUACGAAGUAUCCAGACUCUACCCCGGCGUGAUCCUCAUUACCAAAAUGUGCACUUCCGACCAAACAAUGCACCUCCACGACGACAGGACCAACCAGACCCAAGCCCACGUCUUGCCCGCCGGGUGCCGCGUAUACCUAUCGUCUCCCGGCGUCCAUUACCACGAGAAGUACUGGAAAAACUCCCACGAGUUCGAUCCCACGCGCUGGUUCACAGACAAGUUCUCGCGCCAGGGCGGCGAAGAAAAGCAUGUUGUAGCGGCCGAUCGGACGCGGCAGAUGCGCGGCACGCUACUCACGUUCUCAGACGGUGCGCGCGCGUGUUUGGGACGCAAGUUUGCACAGGCCGAGUUCAUGGCGUUCUUUGCUACGAUCCUGCGCCGGUUCCGCGUCACGUUCAAGGAUGGCGCGGAUGCGGAUAGGUUGAGGUCGGAUAUUGUAAAUAAGAGCGCGGGCAAAAUUGUGAGUUUGACGCCGUUGCCGGGUUUUCCGAUUGAGCUGAGGCAGAGAGUGCUGGCUUGA